AUGGCAAAAGAUGCCGGUCUAAUUGAAGCCAACGGGGAACUAAAGGUCUUCAUAGACCAGAACCUUAGUCCUGGAAAAGGUGUUGUGUCCUUAGUAGCUGUUCACCCCUCCACAGUAAACACGCUUGGGAAGCAGCUCUUGCCAAAAACGUUCGGACAGUCAUCCAAUGUCAACAUUACACAGCAAGUGGUAAUUGGUACGCCUCAGAGACCUGCAGCGCCAAACACUAUCGUGGUAGGAAGCCCACACACCCCUAACACUCACUUUGUCUCACAGAACCAGCCUUCAGACCCCUCACCUUGGUCUGCCGGGAAACGCAACAGGAAAGGAGAGAAGAACGGUAAGGGCCUGAGGCACUUCUCCAUGAAGGUCUGUGAGAAAGUGCAGAGGAAAGGAACCACGUCCUAUAAUGAGGUGGCCGACGAGCUGGUCGCAGAGUUCAGUGCCGCCGAUAAUCACAUCUUACCAAACGAAUCCGCUUAUGAUCAGAAGAACAUAAGACGGCGAGUCUACGAUGCCUUAAAUGUGCUGAUGGCCAUGAACAUCAUCUCCAAGGAGAAGAAGGAAAUCAAAUGGAUUGGUCUGCCCACCAACUCAGCUCAGGAAUGUCAGAAUUUAGAGGUAGAGAGACAAAGAAGACUUGAAAGAAUAAAACAGAAACAGUCUCAACUUCAAGAACUUAUUCUACAGCAAAUUGCCUUCAAGAAUCUGGUGCAGAGAAACCGCCAGGCAGAGCAGCAGGCUAACCGGCCACCUCCGCCCAACUCUGUCAUCCACUUGCCUUUCAUCAUUGUGAACACCAGCAAGAAGACCGUCAUCGACUGCAGCAUUUCUAAUGACAAAUUCGAGUAUCUAUUCAAUUUUGACAACACAUUUGAAAUUCAUGACGACAUAGAAGUGCUGAAGCGCAUGGGGAUGGCCUAUGGGCUGGAGUCCGGAAGCUGCUCUGCUGAAGACCUGAAAAUGGCAAGAAGCUUGGUGCCGAAAGCACUGGAACCCUAUGUGACAGAAAUGGCUCAGGGAUCCCUCGGCAGUGUAUUCCUCACGUCAGCAGUUUCAACCUCUAACGGCACAAGGCUUUCUGCCAGUGACCUGACCAACGGUGCGGACGGGAUGCUGGCCACGAGCUCCAGUGGGUCUCAGUACAGCGGGUCCCGGGUGGAGACUCCCGUGUCCUACGUCGGGGAGGACGAGGACGACGACGAGGAGUACGAAAACGACGAGGAAGACUGA